GGUUUAUGUAUAAAUAGUAUAUGCGGCACAUCCUACCCCGUACGUUGCCAGUAGCCACUGAAUCCUCUGUUCGGCUCAUCUCAGCGCCCCUGUUUCUUCCUCUCGCCUGUGUUCUUCCCGUUCCAGGAUGAGGGCGGCCACCGCGCUCGCGAUCUGCGCUCUGUCCGCGCUUCUGGUCGCGGCGCGCGGCUCGGAGAAGCCGCCGGUGGCGGCCGUGGACGUGGCGGCGGCCGGCGACCUCGUCCGCUCGGGCGGGCACCGCUACCUGGACGUCAGAACAGAGGAGGAAUUCAGGAACGGACAUGUGGAGGAUUCCCUCAACGUGCCCUACCUGUUCUUCACUUCACAAGGCAGGGAGAAGAACCCCAAGUUCAUUGAGCAGGUCGCGGCACAUUUUGACAAACAGGACAGCAUAGUAGUGGGCUGCAAAAGCGGAGUAAGGUCUGAACUAGCAUGUUUUGAUCUUAUGGCAGCUGGAUUUGAAAAUGUGAAGAACAUUGAAGGUGGUUACGACGCAUGGGUAGAAAAUGGCCUUGCUGUGAAGAAACCUCAAGCACAAGACGAACUAUAGCUUUUGCUAUUAUCCGGUUGUUGUUUUGCUUGAUGUGUAUUAUAUGGUGGAUAAGUGUGAACCUUGGUAUAGUUAAUUGAGGGUUUAAUUGAAAAGAGCGUAUAUAGUCUACUGUGAACAUUUAAAUCGUGUGGAAACUUCUUAACAGAUGCCGUAAAGAAUGUAACAAGAACAUCCUCCUUUGUUCUGUCAUUGUAAAAAGAAAAGAAAAAGUAUGUGUUCUCUGGUCCUGUUUGCUUUCA